CCCAGGCUGGCCGGCCCGACCCAUCGGGGUUCCGAGCUAUCCUCCCGGGCCUACAGCCGGAGCUCAAAAGGCGCUCCGGAGGGGACAGAUGGGCACACGCAGCCCGCGCCGUCGCCGCUAGAGCUCCCCUCACGCAACCUGCACUCUCCACAAACCCCGCGCCUGGCCCGCCGCCGGCCCAUCGGCCCGCCUCGUCGCCUUGCCUCUCUAGCCUUUCUGGCCGUCUCGACUCCUCCCUCUCAUCCGACGUCAUGCCGGGCGCCAAAGCGCAGCUGCGGGCGUGCGUUCCUUCCGGCUCGCCGUAGCAGGCGCGCCGCCGCUUCCUCCGCCCAGGUCCCGGAUGUUUCGAGCGGAACGGCGCCUCCAGGACCCAGACCCCAGCCCCAGUUCGACGCGGAGGAGCAGGCAGGCCCCGGGAGAACAUUAAGUUGGAUAAAAAGGAGGGCGAUAAUGCACCAUGGCAGCGGCCCUCAGAAUGUCCAGCACCAACUGCAGAGGUCCAGGGCCUUCGCCAGCAGCGAAGGAGAAGAGCAGCCGGCCCACCCAAACCCACCCCAGUCCCCCGCCACGCCCUUUGCGCCAUCGGCCAGCCCAUCGGCACCCCAGUCCCCUGGUUACCCAGUUCAGCAGCUGAUGAGCCGGAGUCCCGUGGCUGGGCAGAACGUGAACAUUGCCCUUCAGAAUGUGGGGCCUGUGGUGGGAGGAAACCCUCAGAUCACGCUGGCCCCUCUGCCGCUCCCCAGCCCCACAUCUCCAGGCUUUCAGUUCAGCACUCAGCAGAGGCGGUUUGAGCAUGGGUCUCCAUCGUACAUCCAGGUCACCUCGCCGCUGUCCCAACAGGUGCAGACUCAGAGCCCCACCCAGCCCAGUCCUGGGCCAGGGCCAGGUCUACAGAGCGUGCGGGCGGGCGCCCCCGGCCCCGGCCUGGGCCUCUGCAGUAGCAGUCCCACUGGCGGCUUUGUGGACGCUAGUGUGCUGGUGAGGCAGAUCAGCCUCAGCCCGUCCAGUGGCAGCCACUUUGUGUUCCAGGAGGGCUCGGGCCUGGCACAGAUGGCCCAGGGGGGCCAGGUUCAGCUGCAGCACGCGGGGGCUCCCAUUGCUGUUCGAGAACGGAGACUCUCACAGCCCCACGCACAGUCUGGGGGCACCGUCCACCACCUGGGACCUCAGAGCCCUGCAGGCGGGGCCGGGCUGCAGCCCCUGUCCAGCCCUGGCCACAUCACCACAACAAGCCUGCCGCCCCAGAUCAGCAGCAUCAUCCAGGGGCAGCUGAUCCAGCAGCAGCAGGUGCUGCAGGGACCACCGCUGACCAGACCUCUGCUCCCUGGAGUCGGGGUCGGUGUCGGGGGGGCUUCAGCAUUUGGGAUGACGUCCCCACCGCCCCCUACCAGCCCUUCUAGGACUGCAGUGCCCCCUGGCCUGUCCAGCCUUCCUCUCACGUCUGCGGGGAGUGCGGGGGUGAGAAAGGCUCCCAGGAAGUUGGAGGAGAUCCCCCCAGCCUCCCAGGAGCUGGCUCAGAUGCGGAAACAGUGCCUGGACUAUCACUACAGAGAGAUGGAGGCGCUGAAGGAGGCCUUCAAGGAGUAUUUGAUCGAACUGUUCUUCUUGCAACACCUUCAAGGGAACAUGAUGGAUUUCCUAGCUUUUAAGAAGAAACAUUAUGCCCCGUUACAAGCUUAUCUUAGGCAGAAUGAUUUGGACCUUGAGGAAGAGGAGGAGGAGGAGGAGGAGGAAGAGAAGUCUGAGGUUAUCAAUGAUGAGCAGCAAGCCCUUGCAGGGACCCUGGUGGCAGGGGCUGGAAGUACAGUAGAAACGGACCCCUUUAAGAGGCAGCAGGCGGGACCCCCGGCAGAGCAGUCUAAGAGACCUCGACUUGAAGUGGGUCACCAAGGGGUAGUUUUCCAGCACCCAGGGGUGAAUACAGGAGUUCCUCUUCAGCAGUUAAUGCCGACAGUUCAAGGAGGAAUGCCUCCCGCCCCUCAGGCUGCUCAGCUCGCGGGACAGAAGCAAAGCCAGCAACAGUAUGACCCCUCCACGGGGCCUCCGGUGCAGAAUGCCGCCAGCUUGCACACGCCUCCGCCACAGCUCCCCGGCAGGCUGCCCGCAGCCGGCCUCCCCACCGUGCCCCUGCCGCCGGCGCUGCAGUUCUCCCAGCAGCCUCAGAUGGUAGAGCCACAGCCCCAGCUCCAGAUCCCGGUGAAGACGCAGCAGCCGAAUGCCCCCGUCCCCGCGCCCCCACCCAGCCAGCUCCCUGCUCCUCCUCCACAGCCCACGCCGCCGGCCCUCCACGUCCCAAUGCCCGGGAAGGCACAGAUGCAGGCCCCACCGCUCUCAGCUCAGCCGCAGACGGUGGCAUCAUCGAGACCACCUGUGGACCCCGCCCAGCCCUGUCCUCGGCCCCCGCCGUCCUCUUCUACCUCAUCCAUUGCUCCUGCGAGUGGCUCAGGCCCGGGACCUUCACCGGCACGGGCCUCCCCAGUGAACAGACCCUCCUUGGCCACCACCAAGUCACUGUCUCCAGUCACCUCCCGCUCCCCUGGGGCGGCUGUGUCGGCACUGCCAAAACCACAGAGCCCGGCUCAGAAUACUGCCCCACCCCAGGACAGUUCUCAGGAUAAGCUGGCAGAACAAAUAGCACUGGAAAACCAGAUCCAUCAACGAAUAGCUGAUUUAAGGAAGGAAGGCCUGUGGUCUCUCAGGCGGCUGCCGAAACUGCAGGAGGCCCCACGGCCCAAAUCGCAUUGGGACUACCUGCUGGAGGAGAUGCAGUGGAUGGCCACGGACUUUGCCCAGGAGAGGAGGUGGAAGGUGGCCGCUGCCAAGAAGCUUGUCAGAACUGUAGCACGUCAUCAUGAAGAAAAGAAGCUUCGUGAGGAAAGGGGAAAGAAAGAGGAACAGAACCGACUAAGACGAAUAGCUGCGUCAACGGCUAGAGAAAUAGAAUAUUUUUGGUCAAAUAUUGAACAGGUCGUGGAAAUAAAACUACAAGUAGAAUUAGAAGAAAAAAGGAAAAAGGCUUUACAUUUACAGAAAGUUUCCAGGAAAGGAAAAGAGUUGAGAUCUAAGGGACUCGAUGUGUUAUCGGAGAACUUCCUGGAUUCAGGGACAUCUGGAAGAAAGAGAAGAGCUAGCACAUCCUUAACUGAUGACGAAGUGGAAGACGAGGAGGAGACGAUCGAAGAGGAAGAAGCAAAUGAAGGGGCUGUGGAUCACCAAACAGAACUGUCUAACUUAGCCAAAGAAGCUGAAUUGCCCUUAAUUGAUUUGAUGAAGUUGUAUGAAGGUGCCUUUCUGCCGAAUUUCCAGUGGCCCCAACCUAAACCUGACAGCGACGAGACAAGUGAAGAAGAAGACAUGGAAGACUGCUCUGGUGACCGGGAGAGCCGGAAGGAUGUGGUUCUCAUAGACUCACUGUUCAUCAUGGACCAGUUUAAAGCCGCAGAGAGAGUGAAUGUCGGGAAACCUCACACAAAGGACAUCGCAGAAGUGACCGCCGUGGCUGAAGCCGUCCUGCCCAAGGGCAGUGCCCGGAUCAGCACCGGGGUGAAGCUGACCGCCCCGGCUCUGUUGUACGGCGCACUCAGAGAUUACCAGAAGAUUGGUCUGGACUGGCUGGCCAAACUCUACCGAAAGAACCUCAAUGGCAUAUUGGCAGACGAGGCAGGGCUCGGUAAAACGGUGCAGAUCAUUGCUUUUUUUGCCCACCUAGCUUGUAAUGAAGGCAACUGGGGCCCUCACCUUGUCAUUGUGAGAAGCUGCAACAUACUCAAGUGGGAGCUCGAGCUGAAGCGCUGGUGUCCGGGCCUCAAAACGCUCUUGUAUGUUGGCAGCCAUAGAGAACUCAAAGCAAAGAGACAGGAGUGGAGCGAGCCCAACAGCUUCAACAUCUGCAUCACCUCCUACAAGCAGUUCUUCAGGGGCCAUGCCUCCUUCCCAAGGGCCCGCUGGAAGUGCCUGGUCAUCGACGAGAUGCAGCGAGUGAAGGGCAUGACCGAGAGGCACUGGGAGGCCGUGUUCGCCCUGCAGAGUCAGCAGCGUCUGCUGCUCAUCGACGCACCUCUGCACAACACCUUCCUGGAGCUGUGGACCAUGGUGCACUUCCUCAUCCCUGGCAUCUCCAGACCCUACCUGCACUUCCCCCUGAAAGCCCCCAGCGAGGAGAACCAGGACUACUAUCACAAGGUGGUCAUCCGGCUGCACAGGGUGACACAGCCUUUUAUUUUGAGGAGGACUAAGAGAGACGUGGAGAAGCAGCUGACAAAGAAAUACGAGCACGUUUUGAAGUGCCGUCUUUCCAACCGGCAGAAGGCCUUGUACGAGGAUGUCAUCCUGCAGCCGGGGACCCAGGAAGCCCUGAAGAGUGGGCACUUUGUGGACGUGCUGAGCAUCCUGCUAAGGCUGCAGCGGAUCUGCAACCACCCCGGGCUGGUGGAACCCCGGCUCCCGGAGUCCUCGUACACGGCAGGGCCGCUGCAGUACCGCUCAGCCUCCCUCAUCCUGAAGGCACUCGAUAGAGACUUUUGGAAGGAAACCGAUCUUUCUAUAUUUGAUCUUAUCGGCUUAGAAAAUAAAAUGACUCACCAUGAGGCAGAGCUGCUGUGUAAGAAGAAGGUGACCCGGAAGCUCUUUGAGGAGCUGUUCACCGCGCCGCCACUGCCAUCAUCGGGCAGGCCAGUACCCGUCAGGCUGAAGCCCAGCAGGUUGUUUCAGCCUGUGCAGUACGGCCAGAAGCCCGAGGGGCGCACCGUGGCUUUCCCCAGCGCACACCCGCCCCGGAUGGCCGCCUCUGCCACAGCCACUGCUGCUCCCCAGGGCCACGUACGUGGACGGCCGCCAAUUGCCACGUUCUCUGCAAAUCCCGAUGCAAAAGCGGCAGCAGCCCCGUUUCAGACCUCUCAGGCCUCCAGCGGUGCUCCGAGACACCAGCCCGCCUCGACCUUCAGCACAGCACCUAGCCCAGCCCAUCCUGCGAAACUGCGGGCCCCGGGCCCGCCCCCGCCCCAGCCCCAGGCCCCCUCGCACCCGGCCGGGCAGAGUGCGCUGCCUCAGGGGCUGGUGCUCACCUCGCAGGCCCAGGCGCGCCUGCCUAGUGGAGAGGUAGUUAAAAUAGCCCAGCUGGCUUCCCUUGCUGGCCCGCCGAGUCGAGUCGCCCAGCCAGAGACCCCUGUGACCCUGCAGUUCCAGGGGAACAAGUUCACCUUGUCCCAUAGCCAGCUCCGGCAGCUCACAGCUGGCCAGCCCCUGCAGCUGCAAGGCAGCGUUCUCCAGAUUGUGUCUGCGCCUGGCCAGUCCUACCUGCGACCUCCAGGCCCCGUGGUGAUGCAGACUGUGUCUCAGGCGGGUGCCCUGAAUGCCCUUGGAAGCAAGCCCCCAGCCGGCGGCCCAGGCCCCACACCCGUGACCCCGCCAGUGGCUGUGCCUGGCCGAGUGGCAGUCAGUCCCCUGGCUGCAGGAGAACCUGGAGUGGCCUCCAAGCCAGCCUCCCCCGUCGCCGGGCCAACCCAGGAGGAAAAGACUAGACUUAUGAAAGAGCGGCUGGACCAGAUUUACUUUGUCAAUGAACGGCGCUGCUCCCGCGCACCCAUCUAUGGCAGAGACUUGUUGGGGGUUUGUUCCCUGAUGGGCAGAGAGCACAUGCCGUGGCUCAGGGCUUCUGAGAGCAGCACUGGAAAGGUGACAGGCCCCGUGAGCCAGUUCAUAUCACCUUCGAAAAGUCAGAGGGACCUGAUUUUGACGCUGACUCAACGCCAAGAAUCCCUCCAGGAUGUUAUCAACAGGGUGGUGUGUGUGAUCCCCCCAGUGGUGGCUGCGCCCCCACGCUUGUGGGUGGCGAGGCCACCCUCCCUCUACAGCCACAAGAUGCGGCUCUUCAGGCAUGGCCUGCAGGAGCACACCGCGCCCUACGCCCAGCAGCUGCAGCAGAUGACAGCCCUGCGCUCGCUGCAGUUCCCCGAGCUGAGACUGGUCCAGUUCGACUCAGGGAAGCUGGAAGCCUUGGCCGUCUUACUCCAGAAGCUGAGGUCUGAGGGACGCCGCGUGCUGAUUUUGUCACAGAUGGUUCUUAUGUUAGACAUUUUAGAGAUGUUCUUGAAUUUCCAUUAUCUCACCUAUAUACGAAUUGAUGAAAAUGCCAACAGUGAACAACGGCAGGAGCUGAUGAGGAGUUUCAACAGAGACCGGCGGAUUUUCUGCGCCCUUCUCUCCACCCACAGCCGCACCACGGGGGUGAGCCUGGUGGAAGCGGACGCGGUGGUGUUCUAUGACAAUGACCUCAAUCCCGUCAUGGACGCCAAGGCACAGGAGUGGUGUGACAGGAUCGGGAGGCGCAGGGACGUGCACAUAUACAGGCUUGUGAGUGGAAAUUCCAUUGAAGAGAAAUUGUUGAAAAAUGGAACCAAAGAUUUGAUCCGAGAAGUGGCUGCUCAGGGAAACGACUACUCCAUGGCGUUCCUCACUCAGCGGACAAUCCAGGAGCUGUUUGAGGUUUACUCACCCAUGGAUGAUGCUGGCUUCCCAGUAAAAGCCGAGGAGUUUGUUGUCCUUUCUCAGGAACCUUCUGUCACAGAAACCAUUGCACCCAAAAUUGCAAGACCCUUCAUAGAGGCCCUCAAGAGUAUUGAGUAUCUGGAGGAAGAUGCACAGAAACCCUUCGAGGAGGCAGUGCCUGAGGUCUCAGAUUCGGACAGUUCCAGGUGGAAUGAGGAGCCUUCACAGCUGGAGGAGUUGGCUGACUUCAUGGGCCAGCUUACACCAAUUGAAAAAUAUGCUUUGAAUUACCUGGAAUUAUUUCAUACUUCCAUUGAUCAAGAAAAGGAGAGAAAUAGUGAGGGUGCCGUGCUGUCUGCAGUCCAGGAAUGGGAGGCUCGAAAUGCCCGGAUGCUGCGUGAGCAGGAGGCCCGGGAGCUGCGGGAGCAGGAGCAGGAGCAGCUCCUCACCUACACCCGGGAGGACGCCUACAAUGCGGAAUACGUGUGUGAAGGUGCCGAAGGGCAGACGGAAGUCAUGCCGCUCUGGACGCCGCCCACGCCCCCACAGGACGACAAUGACAUAUAUAUCGACUCGGUCAUGUGUCUCAUGUAUGAGACGACGCCCAUCCCAGAGUCCAAGCUGCCACCUGUGUAUGUGAGGAAGGAGCGCCGGCGACAUAAGACAGACCCCUCAGCCGCGGGCAGGAAGAAGAAGCAGCGCCACGGGGAGGCCGUCGUGCCCCCGAGGUCGCUGUUUGACCGCGCCACCCCGGGCAUGUUGAAGAUCCGGCGAGAGGGCAAGGAGCAGAAGAAGAACAUUCUUUUGAAGCAGCAGACACAGUUCGCCAAGCCUCUGCCAACUUUUGCCAAACCGACAGCCGAGUCCGGGCCCGACAACCCCGAGUGGCUCAUCAGCGAGGACUGGGCACUGCUGCAGGCGGUGAAGCAGCUCCUUGAGCUGCCUCUGAAUCUCACCAUCGUGUCCCCGGCUCACACGCCCAACUGGGACCUCGUCAGUGACGUGGUCAACUCCUGCAGCCGCAUCUACCGCUCCUCCAAGCAGUGCCGAAACCGCUACGAGAACGUGCUCAUCCCCAGAGAAGAGGGGAAGAGCAAGAACAACCGCCCUCUGCGUACAGGCCAAAUGUACGCCCAGGACGAGAAUGCCACACACACCCAGCUGUACACGAGCCACUUUGACCUGAUGAAGAUGACGGCUGGGAAGAGGAGCCCCCCCAUCAAGCCCCUGCUUGGCAUGAAUCCCUUUCAGAAAAACCCCAAGCACGCCUCUGUGUUGGCAGAAAGUGGAAUCAACUACGACAAACCACUGCCUCCUAUUCAGGUUGCGUCUCUCCGUGCUGAGCGAAUUGCCAAGGAGAAAAAGGCACUGGCCGACCAGCAGAAGGCACAGCAGCCGCCCGUGGCACAGCCUCCACCGCCCCCUCCUCAACCACAGCCCCCACCACCCCAGCAGCCGCCUCCGCCUUUGCCCCAGCCCCAGGCCACCAGCAGCCAGCAGCCCACAGGGCCACCAGCUGUCCAACCCCAGGCCCAGGCACAGCCCCCGGCGCAGCCUACACAGCCCCCACCCAAAGCGCCCCCUGCGAUCACAACGGUGGGCAGUGCUGCAGUGCUGCAGGCAGGAGCCAUCAAGACGUCAGUCACAGGGACAAGCAUGCCCACAGGCACAGUCAGCGGAAACGUGAUCGUGAACACCAUUGCGGGUGUCCCCGCUGCCACCUUCCAGUCCAUCAACAAGCGCCUUGCUUCACCCGUGGCGCCUGGAGCCUUGACUACCUCCGGAGGCUCUGCUCCUGCCCAGGUGGUCCACACCCAGCCCCGAGCAGUUGGCUCCCCGGCCACGGCCGCCUCUGACCUGGUGUCCCUGGCGCCAACUCAGGGUGUUCGGGCAGUCACAUCAGUGACAGCUUCGGCAGUGGUCACGACCAGCCUGACCCCAGUGCAGACCCCGACCCGGUCUUUGGUGACUCAGGUGUCCCAAGCCACAGGCGUUCAGCUUCCGGGGAAAACCAUCACGCCUGCGCACUUCCAGCUGCUCAGGCAGCAGCAGCAGCAGCAGCAGCAGCAGCAGCAACAGCAGCAGCAACAGCAGCAGGCGGCCUCCCAAGUGCAGGUCCCGCAGAUCCAGGGCCAGGCCCAGUCACCAGCACAGAUCAAAGCUGUGGGCAAGUUGACGCCGGAACACCUGAUCAAAAUGCAGAAGCAGAAACUGCAGCUGCCCCAGCAGGCGCCCCCACCACAGGCCCCACCGGGGCCCCCGCAGCCAACGGCACAAGUGCAGGUGCAGCCCCCGCAGCCCACGCAGCAGCAGAGCCCCCAGCUCACCACGGUCACGGCCCCGAGGCCCGGCGCCCUGCUCACGGGCACCACCGUGGCCAACCUCCAGGUGGCCCGGCUCACCCGGGUUCCCACUUCACAGCUGCAGGCGCAAGGGCAGAUGCAGGCCCAGGCGCCCCAGCCAGCCCAGGUGGCAUUGGCGAAGCCGCCAGUGGUGUCCGUGCCCGCAGCCGUGGUCUCCUCGCCAGGCGUCACGACCCUGCCCAUGAACGUCGCGGGGAUCAGUGUAGCCAUCGGGCAGCCACAGAAAACUGCAGGACAGACCGUCGUGGCCCAGCCCGUGCACGUCCAGCAGCUGCUGAAGCUCAAGCAGCAGGCCGUCCAGCAGCAGAAAGCUAUCCAGCCCCAAGCUGCCCCGGGCCCAGCUGCUGUCCAGCAGAAGAUCACUGCACAGCAGAUCGCCGCUCAGGGCCAAGCACAGAAGGUCACCUAUGCCACCCAGCCAGCCCUUAAAACCCAGUUUCUCACUACGCCCAUCUCCCAGGCCCAGAAGCUGGCCGGGACACAGCAGGUGCAGACCCAGAUCCAGGUUGCGAAACUCCCUCAGGUUGUCCAGCAGCAGACGCCUGUGGCCAGCAUCCAGCAGGUUGCUUCUGCAUCACAACAGGCUUCCCCACAGACUGUGACCCUCACCCAGGCGACAGCAGCAGGGCAGCAGGUCCAGAUGAUCCCUGCGGUGACGGCGACUGCGCAAGUGGUCCAGCAGAAGCUCAUGCAGCAGCAAGUUGUGACCACAGCGGCGGCCCAGCUGCAGACCCCCGGCGUUCCCAACCCAGCACAGGCGCCAGCCAGCGCAGACAGCCCCAACCAGCAGCCCAAGCUCCAGAUGAGAGUCCCUGCCGUCAGGUUAAAGACACCCACCAAGCCUCCGUGCCCCUAGCCCCAGGGGCCAGCCGAGCACUCCGCCAUCCUGCUGAGACGGGGUGGAUUUUAUUUAUUGAACCUUGGGGCGCUGUCACGUGGGACGUGCAGCACCCGGAGCAGCUGUCUCAGCGAGCGCCCCUUCUCUGUGUUACAUGACCAAUUGAAAAAGUGACAUUGGCUGUUUUUCCUAGAUUGUUUUACCUUUUAGUUUCUCCUCCGGAGCAGUAGUGCUGGAUGUGAAAGCCACAUAGAGUUUCUCUGUCCGUGUACAGUGUUUUGCACAUCACAAGUAGCCGUUUGGAAUGUGCAGUGAGUCAUAAAAUAGACUUAAUGAAGCUACAACCUGGUCUUUGACAGCAUCUGCCUCUGCUUGGUUCUUUCUACCUAACUGAGAAUGCACCAUGGUCCUUCGAGAGGAGAGCGAGACUAACUAAGGUAGAUCAUCUCAGAUCAGAGAAAAUGGGUGUGGUUUCUUCCCUCCCUCAUAAAAUGUGACUUGUGUGGGCUUUGAAAGGAAGUAUUUGGUACUGGCACGCGUCAAAGCACGUUCAGGACGUGUUCCUAGCCUCUGUGGGAGGGAAGUGAUCUGUGAUUGAAUUCUCAUUCCAAAGAGCAGUUAGUGUGGCUUCUCCCAGAGUGACCUGUUCCCAUGUGGAUGGAACCUUUGGGGCUGGCCCCCUGACCCCCGCAUCCAUGGCAUUUUCCCAAGUUUGGGAGAAACUUGGAUUUGGACUUAGUGUACUGAAGCAGCUCCAGCGAACCUUGUGAGGCUCCCAUCUGGGGGCGGUUCGGGACCCAGCGUGCGGCGUGAGUGUUGUGACGUUGCAGCUGGCACUGCUGAGAGCUCGGCUGGGCGAGACACUCACCCCUUGGCUCUCAGGCCCAGCCGAGGAGUGACCUGCAGAGAGGAGAAGCCUCCCUGCACAGGCAUGUCUCUGUGAACCCACAAGUAUUACACAGAAAUGGGUAUGGGCAACUCCUUACAUUAGACUUGUCACGUCAGAUUUCUGUGCCAGGACCUUGUCUGCGAGCAGGUGGCCCACUCUGUUCUGCAUAAAGCAGAGAGCCGUCUGAGUGGUCUGGGGUGGGCAGGCACGAUGGCUGCUCAGGUGGAGGUUUUCACCCAGGCCAAAGGUGCGUGUCCACUUGGGCUCUGUGUCUCUUGUACAGUUUUGGUCCCAGAAAGCAGGUUGUGUUAGGUCUGUGUACUAAGGGUCAGUGCCAGCAUACUGGGAGAUUUUUAAUUUCAGUUUAAAAUGUUCGUCAAUCUGUUUCCUCCCCCGUUAUAUCACUUUAUAUGACACAAAGGAAAGUGUUCUAUCCCGAGGCUUUUGGUUUCCCAUCUGUAUAUGUGCCCAAUAGAUGGGUGAUCCGUACCUUAGUGAAGCCAACUGGGCGGCUCGUUUUUGAGUUCUUGAUGAGAAGUUUGGAAAAAACUAAAACUCCAGCAUUAAAAGUGGAAGAGAUUUAACAUUUUGUUAAAGGAACAUAUCAAAACGAUACUGUGCUUCCUAACUUGUUCAUUCCAGUUUGGCACAUGUGGUGAUGAGCAGGAAGGCUUUCUGUGCUUUGCAUCUGGAGAGGAAAGAGCAUUCCUACUCUUUUUUUUUAUUAUUAUUAUUAUUUUAAAUCCUCCAAUGUACAGAACUAAAAAAAAAAAAAGCUUCCUUUUCAGCUUAUUAGUUCCCAGGCCAAGGAUCAAAUCCAUGCCACAGCAGCCACCCAAGCCACUACGUUGACCAUGCCGGAUCCUUAACCUGCUGUCCCAGAAGGGAAGUCCAACGGUUUCUUUUUAGAUGAUAGUGAAAUGGUAAGUGUUUAGAAUAUCCUGGACAGAAGCCCUCUGUUAAUCUAGAACACGAGAAGAGAAUUCAGAAACAUCUCUCAGAAGCUUUCUGAGAGAACAGAACUGGGGUUCUCAAUAUCUGCAGUGGGGACCUCCUGCCCUAAUUUAUGCUGUGAGUGAAAGAAGGGUGUUUUCUUCAGCGAUUUCCUAUCACAAAAUAUGGAAGAGAAAAUAGCUUUAUCACUCAGUUGAGUAACAUCUAGAUGUCACCACUGACUGACUGCCCUGUCUUCACUAGUGUCAUUUAAAUCACCUCCUCUUCCAGUGUAUUGUUUUCUUGGCCUUCUCUUUUAAAGGAGCAUAUUUAAGAAUUAAGUGUGAGUUUAGGAAGCUCUCUAGGCUUUCUCAGAUUGUCGGCGGUAGUUGAAUCCCAUGUUACCUUGUAGAACAGGGUCCCUCUCAGUGCUGUGGUCUUGUAGUAUCGUAUUGCAGGCAAUCUUCAGAACGGGACAGCAGCCCAAACACUGUCAAACUGGAAUUGGCCACGGUGGAAAGCAGUUACCCAGUUUGUCUUUAAUUCAGAGACACUUGCUCUAGUGAGGCCGGGCGGUUUUGUCGGAUCCCGUGGGGCAAAGCAUGCCCCUUCUGUGCCCCUUCCGUCACCGGCCUCCGGGGGCAGAGGUUUCCCUUUGUGUCUUCAUGACUUUUUGUUGCCUGUUGUAACCAGAUAGCUGUUGGAUCUUAAAAUACAGAGGAAAGAGACUGAAAUUGUAAAUACUUUGUAAACAGAAUCAUUUGUACUUAAACAGUAGGGUUUUAAAGAGCACGGCUAUCCCACCAAACAAAAGGUAUAAUAAAUUGACCUUUUUAUAUGC